AUGAUGGUUACUGAUCUUCCACAUGAUUUAGAAUCAGAAAUACUGUCUAGGGUUCCAGCCACUUCUCUACAAAAAUUGCAAACUACUUGCAAACGUUGGUACGCUUUAUUUAGAGAUCCUAGAUUCGUAAAGAAGAACUUUGGUAAAGCAGCAGAGCAGGUGAUCUUAAAGGAUAACAGGGGUUAUUCAGCGGCAGUAAUGGAUACUCUAAUUCAUAGAGUCGAUCUCCAUGGAAUCCAAAACAGCUUUGAUCCAUCCAUUGAGGUUGCAGUUAAACUUAACAAGCUAAAAGAUUCAGAACAGUUCAAGCUAUCUUCCAUCUUACUUCACUGCGAGGGUUUAUUAUUGUGCACUGAAAAGGGCAGUAAACUCGUAGUUUGGAACCCUUGUACUGGUCAAACCAGGUGGAUCAAAUCCAAUGAUCGUAUUCGUAUGUUAUCCAAUUAUCUUUAUAUCUAUGAGUUCAACUCUGAUUCAUGGAGGUUUCUUGAUGACGUCUAUCCUAAUUCUUUCAUUCACUCUGAUGGCGUGACUCUGAAGGGAAAUGCUUACUGGUAUGCUUCAGAUGAAGAAGACCCCCUCGUUACAUUCAUACUAAAGUUUGAUUUUACUACUGAGAGAUUUGAACGUCUGCGUCUGCCGCCUCUAUCUUUUAAGAAUACUAGUUAUGUUAAUGUGGUUCUCUCAGUUGUUAGAGAAGGGAAACUUGCCUUGUUACAAAAGAGGGUUGAUGAUACAGAUUCGUUAAAGAUGGAUAUAUGGGUGACAAAAAGUAAGAUCGAUGAGGCCAAAGACUUGUCGUGGAGCAACUUCUUAUUAGUGGAUUUGGGUAAAGUUAUGUUACCAGAUGUGAUGGUUCCUCAUAUGAGUUUCUUGGUUGAUGAGAAGAAUAAAAUGGUUGUAUGUUGUGAAACAGGCUUAUUGAGUAAUCCCGUGAGGACCACGACAAAAUUAUACUUGGCUAUAGGGGGUAGACAAGUUCAUCAAGAGAUUGUACAAGAACCACAGGGUCGUUGUCCAUUUCUCCUCAGUUAUGUUCCUAGUUUGGUUCAAAUUCAUUGA